AUGCCUAAACGUGCAAAACCUCAAACUUUACCUUCAUUUCCACUUCCUACUGGUGUUCAACCUUCCAAUAGUGGUGUUGGUAGAAGUCCUUUGUCUAACAUUACGAAUGUUGAUUCUAAUCAAGUUGAGCAUCAAGACUAUGUUGAACGCAGAAAGUUAAGGAAACUGUAUUUGGAUAAUAAAAGAAGAAAUGCAAAUAAUAAAUCUUCCACUUCACAAAACGUCAUUCGUUCAUCCAACGUUUCAGUAUCCGAAACAAAUGAUUGCCAUGUCGUAACACCAAUUCGUUCAUCCUCUUAUAUCAAUACCAUUGAUCGACGUAUCUUGCCAACCACACCUUUAACAAAUUCGUACGAGGCGUAUACUUCAGUUGAAACUGGAAGAAGUCCAUUGGGUAAUAUUACAAAUGUUGCUUCUAAUGAUGUUGAGCAUCAACAAUCAGUUGAACGAAGAAAAUUAAAGAAAGUACAUUUGGAUAAUAAGAGACAUAAUGUGACUAACAAAUUAAACACAAGACAAAACGUAAUUCAGUCAUCCAAUGUUUCAGUAUCCGAUACAAAUGAUUGCCGUGUUGUAACACCAAUUCGUUCAUCCUCUUAUAUCAAUACCAUUGAUCGACGUAUCUUGCCAACCACACCUUUAACAAAUCCGUACGAGGCGUAUACAUCAGGUGUAAAAAGGAAACAAAGAGGUAAACAAAGGUUUUUUACUAAUCAGUGUAGAAACGUAUAUCCUAUUCCAAUGGUUGACUUAUCUUCCGACGAUCAUAUUAUUCCUCAACAAUUAGCUGAAGAUCCAUAUAAAGGAGUUUCUAACAUUGUAUGUGACAUAUGUAAUGCUAAGUUGUGGAAAGUUGAGGCCGGAAAAGGAAAGGUUUACUCAGGAAGAACAACUUACAUGCUUUGUUAUGCUUAUGGAAAAGUACAUCUUCCUAAUUUUAAAGAGACGUGUCUGGAAUAUCAAAAUCUUUUUAAGAGUUUAGACGACAAGUGCAAGCAUUUCUUACUGAAUAUUUGUCGUUUUAAUUCUAUGUUUUUGUUCACUUCAAUGGGUGGUAAAGUUGAUUCGAAAAUCAAUAGAGGAAAUGCUCCGUAUGUAUACCGAAUUAGCGGCGAGAAUUAUCAUACACUGGGAAGUCUUCUUCCUAAAGAAGGUGGUGAACCAAAGUUUGCGCAGGUUUACAUAUACGACACAGAUAAUGAAGUCUGUAAUCGCAAAACCGUUUUUAGUAUCUCAAACAAACCAGCUUCCGCAACUUCUGAUUUGCUUGACACUGAACUCAUAGAGUACCUUAAGGUGAUUUUAGAUUCAAAUAAUCAGCUGGUAAAAACUUAUAGACGUGUACGAGAUCGGUUUGUUGAUAAUCCUCAUGUUGACUUAAAAUUACGGCUUAAGGCAAAUAGGUCUAAAGAUGGUCGUACAUACAACCUACCAACGUCGUCCGAAGUUGCUGCGCUUAUUAUUGGAAACAUUGAGGAAGCUCUUGAUAAUCGUGAUGUAGUUGUUAAGUCAAAGAAAGAUGGUCUACAACGUAUUGAGCUUCAUCCUUCGUAUCUCGCGCUUCAAUAUCCAUUGCUUUUCCCUUUUGGUGAAGAUGGUUAUCGGGUUGAUAUUCUUCAUAGAGAAAGAAGGGCAUCAACGAAGAAGAAAGAGUCAAAAUGUACAAUGAGAGAGUAUUUUGCUUACCAUGUUCAAGAUAGAGUGAAUCAUUUCUCUUUGAUUCUCAAUGCUCGAAGACUUUUGCAACAGUUCUUGGUUGACCUUGGACAAAAUGGUAAUCCAGAUAUGUCAAACGUUGGAACACGCGUACUACUACCGUCUUCGUUUACCGGUGGAUCGCGUUAUAUGAGGGAGAAUUAUUAUGAUGUGAUGGCCAUUUGUAAAUGGUUUGGCUACCCUGAUUUUUUCAUUACGAUCACGUGUAAUCCUAAAUGGCCGGAGAUUAAAAGAUUUCUGAAGGACACGAAGAUUAAUCCCGGGGAUAGACCGAACAUUUUAUGUCGAUUGUUCAAAAUUAAGCUUGACGCAAUCAUGAAAGACUUGCGAGAGAAAUCUUUAUUCGGCAAUGCAUCGGCAGUUGUCUAUACCAUAGAGUUUCAGAAACGAGGUCUACCGCAUGCGCAUAUCUGUCUGUUCUUAAAUGACGAAAGUAAUCUUCCUUCGGUUGAGCAUGUUGACAAGUUCAUUUCUGCCGAGAUAUCUGACAAAAACUUAGAACCAGAUCUAUAUACUCUUGUUAGCGACUAUAUGAUUCACAGACCUUGUGGUGUUGCAAAACCAAAUUGUCCGUGUAUGGUCGACGCUAACUGUUCGAAGAAAUUUCCUAAGAAGUUUUGUGAUAAGACUUCUCUAGAUUCGAAUGGUUAUACGGUCUAUAGACGAGCCGAUUCAGGUUUUUUUGUUGAGAAAUCUGGUAUUCAGCUUGAUAACAAAAGCGUGGUUCCGUAUAGCAAAACCCUAUUGAGACGUUAUCAGGCACACAUUAACGUCGAAUGGUGUAACCAGGCUGCGUCCAUUAAGUAUUUGUUUAAAUACAUUAACAAAGGACCAGAUAUGGCAGAAUUUGGUUUUGUACCAAAUGCCGAUGAAGGUCAGCUUGAAGAUGGAAAAAAUGAAAUCAAAGAGUACUACGAUUGCUUCCGUUUCAUCUACCAGAUAAACAAAAACGUUGUAUACGGCCCUGACGACGAACUUGAUAGUGUUCUUCAAAAACCAUUUGUUUCUUCUACAAUGUUUUUGGGGUGGAUGGAAAAGAAUGAAAAAGAUCCGUUGGCGCGCACCCUUACUUACGUUGAGUUCCCAACUAAAUUUGUUUGGAAGAAGGACGAAAGGAUAUGGGAUAAACGCAUAAUAGGCAAAACCAUUGGUCGUAUUCAUUGUGUGAAUCCUUCUAUGGGCGAGGCAUACUUUUUAGGAAUCCUUCUUAAUAAGGUAGUAGGUCCUAAGUCUUUUGAAGACAUUCGUACUGUGAAUGGACAAGUCUUCCCAACAUUUAGAGAUGCGUGCUACGCUAGAGGCCUUUUAGACGACGACAAGGAAUAUAUAGAAGCUAUCAAAGAGGCGUACUACACAGGUUCAGGUUAG